UGAGGAAACAAAUGAGUAUUUUUGUAGUUUCUUGAGUACAGAGAGGUUGAAUUCUGGACAUGUUGCCUAGUUGUGCACGGCAGGAUUUGAGUGCAAGAAGCCUGUUAAUUCUCAGAGCAAAGCAGAACUGCAUCCUCUUCUGUUACUGACAAUGCCUGACUCCAUGUUGGGAGCUGCAAGCAUCUCAAGAACUCUGCGAUCUGCUGUGCAGUCCCUCCCAAGCAAUCGUUUGUCGUUGUUUUGUGCCGCUGGCCUGGGCAUUACAGCAGCAGCCUCUUUAAUAUGGUGGUGGCAGAGGAGGUAUAAAGUGGAACUGAGGCAGGUGGCAACUGUGUCCCAGCUUCUGAUUUACCCUAUCAAGUCAUGUAAAGCAGUGUCUGUGCAGGAAGCCGAAUGUACAAUUCUUGGGUUGAUAAAUGGGAAACUUGGGGACAGGCAAUGGUUGGUGGUGACAGAAGAAGGGCAGAUGGUAACUGGCAGGCAGGAACCCCGCAUCGUCCUCAUUUCAGUAAAUCCUCGUGGAGAAUCUCUUUGCUUAGAGGCUCCAGAGAUGGAAAAAUUACUUAUUCCAAUAACACCUCCAAAGAGCAACAAGGUGAGGAACUGCCGGGUGUUUGGGAGUGACAUCCAGGGACGAGACUGUGGAGAAGAAGUAUCUCAUUGGCUGACUUCCUAUUUCCAAAGCAGUGAGCCAUACCACUUGGUGCACUUUGAGCCAGAUGUGAUGCAGCCACGCAAGUGUGCUGACAUGGAGAAGCCAUUUAAAGAUACAGAUAUCAUUGCUUAUCCUGAUGCCAGCCCAGUAAUGCUGCUUUCUGAGGCCUCUCUGGUGGACCUCAACAGCCGUCUUUCUAAACCAGUAACCCUUGGGAACUUUAGACCUUGCAUUGUGGUUUCAGAGUGUAAGGCUUUUGAAGAGGAUGGUUGGGAUGAUGUCAGAGUGGGCACAAUAAGGCUGAGAAGGGUUAUGGCAUGCGGACGUUGUAUCCUCACCACUGUGGACCCAGACACUGGAGUUAUGUCCCGCAAGGAACCAUUGGAUACACUGAGAACCUUCCGGAAGAGUGAAGCAAACCUGAGCCACUUGUAUAAAACUGCACCACUAUUUGGGCAAUACUAUGGUGUGGAGCAAACUGGUAAACUGAGAGUAGGAGAUCCUGUGUAUCAUGUGAUCAAGCACUGAGGAUGCACUAAAGGCAUAACCACAUUCUCCAGUAUGCAAAACAUGACAGUCUCACGCUCUAAUCAUACAUACAGCAACCAACAAUGUAAAAUGUAAUUUUCUAAUCCAAAAGGUAAUUCUGCAGUGUAUGAAAAAUGAAACCUAAAAUACUUUCUGCAGAGCCGACCUAACAGACCCCACUACUGCACAAGAAAGGACUCUAUGUAGGACAACACCAUAUACAUGAUACCACUCAAGUGUUCAUCAUAUUAUAUCUUUUGAAUUUAGAUUGCUGGUGCUUUAAAAUGAUUUCAAUCUAUAUUUCUAUUAUUCUUAAUGAAAUCUGUAAGAAUUUACAAAACAAAUGUAGGUGAUCUAAUAGAAAAUAAUAGUUCCUGUAGUGACCCUUUCCUGAAACUAAUACAAGCUGAUGCCCUUGUCUGCUGAGAACUGGACACACAAAGAAGAUUCUCAACAACCUUUCUCUAAAAGCUAUAGAAUAUUGUUUUCUUACCAAGCACAACCCAGGAACUGUUAUAGGAACAUAUGAUGGCUCCGUUGUGAUUAUACAAACAGAAAGAGACGCAGAAAUGAACAACCGCUCAGUGGCUGGUUCUAUGGCCCGGUUACCACCUGGGAGUAGCUUCUUUUAGCCCAAUUGACCAUGCUAUUAAAAAUGCAAUCCUUAUAGAAACACCAGAGACAUACCCUUAAGGGGUUAAAGGGCAUCUGCAUAUAUGCUGUGCAUGCCUAGUGUACCAGCAAACACUCAGCGAGUCGGAGAUGAACCAGUGUACAUCAUAUAAACCCCCAUUGGCUCUUUGAGCAGGGGCAGCGUUUUGCAGAAUUGCUUCUCAAGCUCUAAUAUAUAUGUCAGUUUUGACUAGUAUGUCCCUUUAAUUGUGGUGAAUUCGGACUAGUAGUAAAUGAUUGUGUACGCUGCUCUAACCUAUCACACAGUUUGUUUGUGACGUUUGCAGCAUUGUGAAAAAAUAGGUUACAGAAUUUGUUUGUGAAUGUGAAACAAAUACAUUUUUUACACACAGGCAAGAGGUGUUUAAUGUGCUAUUAAGAACUUGCAUUAUAUUUCCUCUUAUGCAGAUACAAGGAAACUAGAUCACUGCGCUAGAUAUUAGAAACUUGCAAAUAAAGCCACAGCUUGUGGGAAUCUCCCUAUAUCCCCAUACAAAGAAACGUGAAUGCAAAUAAAAUUAAGUGUGUUGUUAUACCUACUGAAUUAAAGCUAUGGCGCUCAGUACAGAACUAAAUAAGUGCAGUAUCCGGCUGUCUAGUGUAAAGGAUAAUACAUUUAUUAUAACAGAGUUAAAAAUUAUCAGUAAAAGACCCUAUACAUAAAUAUUUGGACCUAUACACAUAGAAAUAGAAUUAAAAUAAAAUGUAAUAGGUAAUGUAUACCUUUAAGGCUCCUAUACAUAGAAAUCUCAGACAAUAUCCAGAACAAACAACAAAUAAUAAUGAAAAAUACAACACAAAUACAGAUAUACCCUAUUACACUUAUUAACAUGCAUACAAUUCAUAUAUGGGAGGAAAAAAGAACAUUUUUAAAAGCAACGGUGGGCUGCAGUUAAAUACAGGAAAUCCGAUUGCGGAAUAGCCACAGGAGAUAGACUUGAUCCUGGAAUCCUGUAAUGAGACACCAAGUAUAAAAGUAUACAAAAUUAAGGUGUUAUUAGUUACUUACUCCAGGUGCUUUGUGUCUUCAUAGAUGUCCCAUAUGUUGCAAAUUUAAAGCCGAGAGUCCGUCGGGGUGUAAGCAGUUAUUCAGGAGAGUGCGCCACAAUUAUUUUUAUACUACAGUGUUUAUAAAUUAGAUAUCAUUCUAUAUCCAUAAACUUUUCCUUCUUGUUCAGAUAAAUGUUUAUUACAGCACAUAUAAUUGCAACCAUAAGAUAUUAGUAUAUAAGUAUUUACAAUAAAAUGUAUAUUGAUUACUGAAA